AUGUCAUCUCGAUUAGCAGCAUGUGAGGCAUGCAGGAAAACAAAGCUGGCCUGCGACCAUAAACGGCCAGCAUGUACACGCUGCGAAAAUAGCAAUCGAGCUGGCAUCUGCAUAUACAGAGUUUCUCCGUUUAAGAGAAAACGGACUACUGAUCCCGACCAUCUUGGAGCGAGCUCACGCGUUUCUUAUUUAGAUUCUCAAGCAGACUUGGCGAUUAGCCCCAGGCUGAAUCCAUAUCCGAAUCCAGGUUAUUUUGGCUCCUCUAGCCAUACCACGAUCUUUCAUCAUAUAUCGGCAGAUCACGCACCUGUCUCCAUUACAGGCGAUGAUUCAGAAGCCGGAUUAUCAUUGCCAUCAUGUUACCAGAUAGUGGAUGAAAAUGCUUUGACCGAAGGUGCCAAGAAUCUUUUGCUUAUUACAGAGGAAUACAAAUUGAGUGCCAUGGAAGAUCUCGUUCUGUUCUGGCUCGCCAAGGGAGCAAAUCUGGCCCUCGCAGAGCCUUUUGUUGAGCUGUGCACGCGAAAUGUGAUACAAUUAUUCGCCUCUGUUUCGCAAGAUAUAGACUGGCACCUAGCCUGCGCCAGGCUGCUCUUGCAAAACUCGACCAAGCCUUUUAUUCACAACGCAAAUACCAGCCUCCGUGAAUACUCCGCUCAAAUGCUGGAUGCGAACUUUCGAUGGGAGGCUCUUGGUAUAUUCUUUUUAGCCGUCAGCCGCGCGACUGUUGACAUUGCCUUCUUUCCAAAACUGUACAUGACGAGGGAAAAAAGGUAUAGUUUGCAGAGAUUUGCCACAAAGUUAAGCGACUGUGCCUUGGACAUUACAUUGUCGCUGGACUGCCUGAACGAUAUUCAACUCAUCUUACAAUACGAGAACUUUAUCAUGCAUUCUUUCCUUGACGUCAGUCUUUCUCUUCAGCUCCCCUUAGACACUGACACUCACUAUUUCAAAGGUUACAGUUCCUGGCGAAAGAUCGGAGACGUUAUAUCGUCUAUAUUUGCUAUUGGGUAUCAUGAAGAUAUCGACGCCAAACCUGAUGUACCCUUUUUCCUGGCUCAAUUACGAAAAACAGCAUUUGCCCGGAUAUUUUCGGCGGACAAGAAUGUUUCGACAUUCUUGGGCCGGCCUCCUCGUAUGAGUAAACGAUUUUCGAAUUUCCAAAUCCCAUCCAGCUUUCCAGCUCCGCAGCAAAACCUUGACACAUGGGACCCUGAUCAAGAUGCAAGCUUUCUGGCGGAAACCAGAUGGUCGGCUUUAUGCGCUUUCUUGAAAGAAGAGAUCCUCGAAUUAGCACGGGAUAAAAUCAUUGAAGGCCGUUCAGAGCGAAUUGGAGCCAUUAAACUCCGAGCAGAGGAACAGUGGGAGGCUCUUCCUUCUCAGCUCAGACUGGAGAGAUCAUCCCCAAAUUCCGACCACCACUCCCCUUUUCAGAAAGACUUUCUAUUCAGUACCCGGCUCAAUCAUCUUCAUGUCUUAUUUUUGCUACGCCUUCUUAUGCCGAGCACCCUCUCAGAGCCGGACAACACAAUCAUCGAAAUAGCGGGAGAGAUGCUUUCUCUUGUUGUUGAACUAAUUCUAGCACGAGACCAGAUUGUCAACUCCGGAACGAGUCUCGUCUGGAAGGUCGCUCAUUAUGGAUUGCCGGCUGCUGGCAUGAUGGUAAUCGCAAUGCUUGGACAACGAAAUACCCCAAUGCCAGCUGGGAUGUCCAGAACCAGAGUCUUGCAGGAUAUGAGUCUUUACGUUGCUGAAAUUCAGAGGGGAACGAUCGUCAACACAGGGGAUCCGAUAUAUGUGCUACUUUCGAAAGCAACGGAAACCAUCCAAAGGCUACUCGAUUCUUUCUAUUGUGGGUCUCCUGAUAUCAAUUUAGGAGAAAGGUAUGAAGGCCAAGGCGAAGUAGAAGACUGGACCACUAUGCUCGGGCAAGAUUUAUGA